UUUCCAACAUUUGCGAGGGAAGAGAAAAGUCAAAUCCUAAUUAUAAUCAAUGGUUUAAACCUCAAAACCUCAUUUGUAGCACCCAUGUGACCUGAAUGGGGAUUGAAUUGCACUUUAAAAAUCUGGAUAAUUUCAUCCAGAGGAGUAAAAGUCCAAAUCUCUUUAAAGGCGUUUUAGUCGAACUUCAAAAACAUUUUCUGUUUCUUUUUAUUCAUGAAAAAAGACACAAUAGUUGGAGACAAACUAAUAGAUAAGUUGGAAACUUUGCGUUGCUUUGUAACUUCCAAAGAGCUGUUGCAGUGAUACCUCUUAGUUUUAUGUCGAUAAAACAAUGUGAUGAAAUCAAGAACAACAUGAUGAAGUGGUCAUCUGCUCAGGACCAAUGUGCACUCGAUCACCUAAUACAAAUAAAGUGGCUUGAUAACACGGUUUUAGUUUCAACCUCUGCUGACCAGAGUCCGAGGAAAAGAUGCAUACAGAGGUGCUCGUGCUCGGUCUCGUCUUACUGAUGCAAGCGUGCGAGCCACUGUCGGCCCAAAAGCUCGCUCCAGAACCACCAGAAUCUCCGGGGAUACUGCAGAGGCUGGCGGAGAAGGCCAGGGAGACAAAAGCUAAAGUCCAGGACUACGGGGCGACAGCAGUGGGCUUCUUUGGCGCUUACUAUGAAGACCACAUCCAGCCUGUGACCCACAGCUAUGCUGAGUGGGCCUCUAAUGCCAGAAGCUCCAUGUGGGAGAAGAUCCAGACACGCUUAGACGGCUACAUGCCAUUCAGAGCCACUAAUGCAACCGAUCUAAUGUAAAGGAGAAGCUGACAAUAAAGUAUUGUUCUUGGCA